AUUGUAUUGAAAGUGCAUGUGAUCAUCGAUCCAAUUGGACCGGCAAAUUAGCCAGAAUAAAAAUUAAUACGAUUCUUCUACGACAAGGCAAUGGUUGCUCAUUCAGAAAGUGUCAAUAGUCCCAAGACGCAGGAGUCCGUGAUCAAAAAUGAAAUACCGUAUUCCGAUAGUGACAUUGUUAUUACGGGAAUAUCAGAUAUGGUGACAGAUAACGAGCGGCGUUGGACAAGAGGACUUUAUGGGCUUCCAGCCAGAUCUGGCAAGAUAAAAGACCUCAGUCACUUCGAUGCCACUUUUUUUAAAAUACAUUUUAAACAGGCACAUGCAAUGGACCCGCAGUUUCGUUUAAUGUUGGAAGCAAUCUAUGAAGCCAUAAUUGACGCUGGUAUUAAUCCUACGACCGCGAGAGGAUCGCGUACCGGUGUAUUCGUCGGUACGUUUAUCUCGGAAUCGGAAGAAUUUUGGUUGAGGGAUCCAGAAAACAUAAAUGGAUACAAUCUGCUCGGCAGUUCCAGAUCUAUGUUCGCCAACAGAAUUUCCUAUGCAUUUGACUUUACUGGACCUAGUCACGAAUUAGAUACAGCUUGUUCCUCCUCCUUGUAUGCCACACAUCAAGCUGUAACUACAAUACGUGCCGGCGAGUGCGAUGCUGCAAUUGUUGGUGGACUGAAUCUCGUUUUGAGACCGAACGUCUCACUGCAGUGUCUAAAAUUAAAUAUGCUGUCCCAAGAUGGCAAAUGUAAAACAUUUGACAUUUCGGCUGACGGUAUUGUGAGGGCUGAAGCGGCGGUGGCAAUAUAUUUGCAGAAAGCAAAGGAUGCGCGUCGAGUGUAUGCGACAGUAGUUCGAACAAAGACAAAUACAGACGGCUACAAAUCUGAAGGUAUUACGUAUCCCAAUGGUGAAAAACAGUAUGAAUUGAUACGUGAUAUUUAUACCGAGGCAGGAAUUAAACCCGCGGACGUGAGUUACGUGGAGGCUCACGGCACCGGUACUAAGGUAGGAGAUAGGUUGGAGAUAACUUCCAUCGACAAACUGUUCUGCAAAGACCGGAAGACUCCCUUACUAAUAGGCUCGGUUAAAUCCAACAUGGGUCACUUGGAACCGGCCAGUGUAUUAUGCUCGAUUGCCAAAGUAUUAAUCACAAUGGAAACAGGCGUGAUACCGGCCAAUUUGCACUUUAAUACACGGAAUCCAAACAUUCCUGCCUUAAAGGAAGGACGCGUUCGAGUGGUCGACAAGGCCACACCGUGGAACGGUGGUUUUAUGAGUAUUAAUUCGUUUGGCUUUGGUAGCACAAAUGCACACAUUAUCCUAAUGAGCAGUCCAAAAAGCAAACCAAAACUGACAUGGGCAUUGAACAUCAUCAAAUUGUUGCCCAAAUUGAUUGCUGUAUCGGAUCGAACAAAGGAAGCGGUGCACACCUUACUGGAUAAAGCAAAAGAGUAUCGUAAUGACGAUGGUCGUCAUUACGAUGCUCUUUUUCUUUAUCCAGUAAGGUGUGCACCGCUUCCUUUGUUCGAUCCGAUACAGCAAUCAAUUUGGGCAACAAUUUGAUGAUGUUCAAUGCCGAUGUCAGUUUUGGUUUGUUUUUUGGAUUGCUUAUUAGGAUAAUAUGUGCAUUUGUGCCACCAAAGCAAAACUUUUCAACGUAGUUUGCGACGAUGCGCGGACGCGUUAGCACCCCAUGGCAUCGACCUCAUGAAUAUUAUCAUGAACG